AGAACAUCCAAGCGUCUACUCUCCCACCAUCACCUACCACUACUCAGACAAUCACACCAACAAGACUUCUUCAAACCAGCAUCAUGCCUUCCGUCGGUACAUCUCAGUUUCCUCCUUGCCCUGGACCUCCCCCAAAGGGCCCUCUGCCUCCUCUUCCCAAGUAAGCCUGUAUUCGGCUUUCUGACGAACCUGACGACCAUCGACUCGAGCGACUCCAUGCAAUGUUCCCCUGGAACACUCCAGGGAACCUGCGCGACCGUCGUUGCGCUAGGGACAUCGCAAUGGAAUUGGAUAUGAUACCACUCUUGGAACCUUACCACGACCUUUUCUAUCAGCUACCUUACCAUUACUUUUACUACUACGCCUUUUCACUCGCUUCUUCGCUUUUAAUCUCGACUUGCAUAGACCAGCGCAAUCUCAAGCAACGACAAUUGUUUUCGGCGCCUAAUCUUUUACUUCAUUCUUAUCGACCUUCUCGGUUUCACUCUCCGGCUAUUCUCGAUUUCAUCAUCACCUAUUUUCGCUAUUUCAUUCCACCAAUGGAGCGAGCGCGGGCGCAUUGCACCAACUUCUUCUGCAAUAGCGCUCUCAGAUACAACGCAAUCCUGUCUGCCGGUACCCGCGGGUAUUUGAUCUUCACUCGGGUGCAGGGGCCCCUGCCUUGACGACAAUCACUAUCAAAUCACCCCACUCGUGCUACUGCUUGCCAUCAGCCCAGCUCUGUCAGCAAUCAUUAAGGCGCCAACCCCGCAAAGCAAUAUCGCCAUGACAGCAUCAUGACACGACACCGCCGCAGCCCGUUUCAGUCGCAUGUGCUUGUCCAACCCAGUUUCAGGGGUUUCGAUCUGGCGCGCUGAUUCGGCAGCGCUUGCCCG